AGUGUGGAUUGAGCUGGGCUUCAUAUGAACAAGUAGAGAACUCUUCAAGCCAUGCUGAGGACAAGCACAGUUCUGUAUUUCACAUUUCUGAUUAAUACAGUCGCAGCAUGCGAGUGGGGCAAACAUGGGGAGAAUUGUGACAAACGCUGCCCCCCAAACUGUCAAGUUAAUCUUCAGAGGUACCUCAUACACUGUAACAAGGAAACAGGAGAGUGCUCCGAUGGCUGCAUCCCUGGAUGGUAUGCUGCUCAAUGUGACCAACCUUGCAGCAAGAACUGUCUGGACAACGUCUGCAGUCAUCAGAAUGGACAGUGUACAAAGGGAUGCAGUGGAAACAAAACAGGGGAUUUCUGUGAGGUCACUGAAGUAUCAAUAAGGACAGACGUCAAGGUGACAACAGAUGAAACAACAGGACUGUCAACGGCACACGUCGCAGUGAUCAUCACAAUCCCCCUUGUGGCCAUUAUUGUUAUCAUCGUCGUAACCAUCGUCAUGAAGCGUCAACGCCAGAGAAGAAAGUCAACCGGGAGGCCAAAAGCUGGUGCUGACCUUGAGAAUCCUGAAGACGUGCCUUUACUGCCAAGAUAUAAUGUGCUUUCCCACAUCAAUAAUCAAAAGAAAGAUGAGUAUGCAGGUGUCAUGGAGAGAGGUGUGCUGGAGUGGGAGAUCAAGAAGACAGAAGAAUUAUUUGAAGAGACUGCUAUCUACAAUAAGGUCAAGGAACGUUUAGAUAAAUUUAGACAUGUGACCAUAUCUGGUGCUUCAGGGGAAGGAAAGACGUCAAUAGCGCUGAUGUUGGGAUCAGAAUACCUGAAGAAAGGAUAUGAACUAUAUUUUGUCAACAACAUUUCAGAAUUCAAAUUAUGUAGUGAAAGACUAGGUAAAAAUCUGUGUUUUGUAUUUGAUGACAUAUUUGGAACAGUUGGAAUAUCAACCGAUUCACCUCACCUCAAACGGAUUUUAGAUAUUCUCAACACUUGGCUGGAGCAGGUGGCAUCUAACUUUUCUAAACCGUUCCAAUCUAAUGGGAAACUUAACUCGCAUUCAACUCAUAGAGAGAACUACAUGGGAAACGUUCAUGUCAUAUUUACCACAAAAUCAUACAAUCUUGAGCUGGGAAAAUUACACUUCGGAGAAAAUGAGUAUGUGUUUUUCAAAGGAGAUUCGGUAAUUGAUCUUACGCAGACUGAGUGUCGCUACACAGUAGACGAAAAGAAACAAAUGUUUAAAAAACAUAAAAACUAUAACGGUAACAGUAGUUAUUUUGAUUUAGACAAAAUAUGUGGCAUUAAGGAUCAACUGUUUGGCUUCCCGCUCACAUGCAAACUGUUCUUCAGUUUUCCCAAAUCACAUGAUCAAUAUGAAGAUUUUUUUAAGACGCCUUUAACCUAUCUCAGGGCAGAACUGGAGUCUCUGCUAAAAAAAAGGAAUAACAAGUCGGCAGCACUGAUCCUGAUGUUGCUUUGUGAAGGUAACCUGAACCUUUGCCAAUUGGAAUCAGGCAGCCAAGCUCUGGAGAAACAUCUCUCCACAGUUUCAAGUGUAGUUGGUGGUGUUGACCGUGCAAAGGUUAUCAGUUGUGUAAAGGGAUUUUUCGGUACAUUUUUUACCAAAGCAGACAAUACCAGUUUUUCACACCCAGCAAUCUAUGAUGCCUGUGCCUUUGUCUAUUGCAAAAUCAAUCCUGCUUUUGUAUUACAACACUGCAGCAUACACUUCCUAUAUGAACGUGUUCAGGCCCAAACAGUACCUGCAUGUGAGACUGAUGAGGAUAGGCAUGUCAUCUAUGUAUCAGAUGCCUACAAUGACAUCAUUGCUUCAAGAUUGGCAGGGGCUGUGAGAGAGGGGAUCUAUCGGUUGUCUAUCAUGCAUCCUAUUUUGGAAAGACAUGAUAUAGUGGAUAAGGUCCUUGCUGAACUCAAACCCUACCUGACUGACACAUCAGUGACAGAUGAACAUGGUAACAACGUAUUUCAUUAUGCCUGCUACACGGGAAAUAUAUACCUUGUACGCCAACUCCUUCCUUUUUGUGACAUCAACAGUAAAGGAGCAGAUGGUUUGACGCCAAUAAUGCUAGCUGCGAAGCUGGAGCUAGAGGAUGUGUUUCAACUUCUUGUGUCAAAGGGAGCUGACAUCACACUGACCGAUAAGGACAAUAACAGCUGCCUUCACCUGGCAUGUUGGGGGGGACAUAAACCAUUAGUAGAAUAUCUACUGCCAAUGUGUGACAUAAACGUAAGAGGACAUAUUGGACGGACACCUCUAAUGACUGCAGCUUUGGGUGGAAAGAAAGAUGUGUUUGACUUUCUUGUGUCAAAGGGAGCUGACAUCACACUUACUGAUGACGACAAUGACAGCAUUCUUCAUCUGGCAUGCGAAGGUGGCAAAAAGGCCUUAGUAGAAUAUCUACUGCCAAAGACUGACAUAGACAUAAGAGGAUAUAUGGGAUGGACACCACUAAUGACUGCAGCUUGGUGUGGACUGAAAGAUGUGUUUGACGUCCUUGUGUCAAAGGGAGCUGAUAUCACACUGACUGAUGAUGACAAUGACAACAUUCUUAAUCUUGCAUGUCGGGGAGGAAAUAAGGCGUUGUUAGAAUAUGUACUGCAAAAGAUUCACAUAAACAUAAGAGGAUAUAUGGGAUGGACACCGUUAAUGACUGCAGCUUGGAGUGGAAAGAAAGAUGUAUUUGACUUCCUUGUGUCAAAGGGAGCUGAAAUGACACUGACUGAUGACGACAAUGACAACAUUCUUCAUCUUGCAUGCUGGGGAGGAAAUAAAGCGUUAGUAGAAUAUCUGCUGCAAAAGACUGACAUAAACAUCAGAGGAAAUAUUGGACGGACACCACUAAUGAAUGCAGCUUAUGGAGGAAAGAAAGAUGUGUUUGACUUCCUUGUGUCAAAGGGAGCUGACAUCACACUGACUGAUGACGACAAUGACAACAUUCUUCAUCUUGCAUGUCGGGGAGGAAAUAAGCCAUUAGUAGAAUAUCUGCUGCCAAAGACUGACAUAAACAUAAGAGGAAAUAUUGGACGGACACCACUAAUGAAUGCAGCUUGGAGAGGAAAGAAAGAUGUGUUUGACUUCCUUGUGUCAAAGGGAGCUGACAUCACACUGACUGAUGACGACAAUGACAACAUUCUUCAUCUUGCAUGUCGGGGAGGAAAUAAGCCAUUAGUAGAAUAUCUGCUGCCAAAGACUGACAUAAACAUAAGAGGAAAUAUUGGACGGACACCACUAAUGAAUGCAGCUUAUGGAGGAAAGAAAGAUGUGUUUGACUUCCUUGUGUCAAAGGGAGCUGACAUCACACUGACUGAUGACGACAAUGACAACAUUCUUCAUCUUGCAUGUCGGGGAGGAAAUAAGCCAUUAGUAGAAUAUCUGCUGCCAAAGACCGACAUAAACAUAAGAGGAAAUAUUGGACGGACACCACUAAUGAAUGCAGCUUAUGGAGGAAAGAAAGAUGUGUUUGACUUCCUUGUGUCAAAGGGAGCUGACAUCACACUGACUGAUGACGACAAUGACAACAUUCUUCAUCUUGCAUGUCGGGGAGGAAAUAAGCCAUUAGUAGAAUAUCUGCUGCCAAAGACCGACAUAAACAUAAGAGGAAAUAUUGGACGGACACCACUAAUGAAUGCAGCUUGGAGAGGAAAGAAAGAUGUGUUUGACUUCCUUGUGUCAAAGGGAGCUGACAUCACACUGACUGAUGAUGACAAUGACAACAUUCUUCAUCUUGCAUGUCGGGGAGGAAAUAAGCCGUUAGUAGAAUAUAUACUGCCAAAGACUGACAUAAACAUAAGAGGAAAUAUUGGACGGACACCACUAAUGAAUGCAGCUUAUGGAGGAAAGAAAGAUGUGUUUGACUUCCUUGUGUCAAAGGGAGCUGACAUCACACUGACUGAUGACGACAAUGACAACAUUCUUCAUCUUGCAUGUCGGGGAGGAAAUAAGCCAUUAGUAGAAUAUCUGCUGCCAAAGACCGACAUAAACAUAAGAGGAAAUAUUGGACGGACACCACUAAUGAAUGCAGCUUAUGGAGGAAAGAAAGAUGUGUUUGACUUCCUUGUGUCAAAGGGAGCUGACAUCACACUGACUGAUGACGACAAUGACAACAUUCUUCAUCUUGCAUGUCGGGGAGGAAAUAAGCCAUUAGUAGAAUAUCUGCUGCCAAAGACUGACAUAAACAUAAGAGGAAAUAUUGGACGGACACCACUAAUGAAUGCAGCUUAUGGAGGAAAGAAAGAUGUGUUUGACUUCCUUGUGUCAAAGGGAGCUGACAUCACACUGACUGAUGACGACAAUGACAACAUUCUUCAUCUUGCAUGUCGGGGAGGAAAUAAGCCAUUAGUAGAAUAUCUGCUGCCAAAGACUGACAUAAACAUAAGAGGAAAUAUUGGACGGACACCACUAAUGAAUGCAGCUUGGAGAGGAAAGAAAGAUGUGUUUGACUUCCUUGUGUCAAAGGGAGCUGACAUCACACUGACUGAUGACGACAAUGACAACAUUCUUCAUCUUGCAUGUCGGGGAGGAAAUAAGCCAUUAGUAGAAUAUCUGCUGCCAAAGACUGACAUAAACAUAAGAGGAAAUAUUGGACGGACACCACUAAUGAAUGCAGCUUGGAGAGGAAAGAAAGAUGUGUUUGACUUCCUUGUGUCAAAGGGAGCUGACAUCACACUGACUGAUGAUGACAAUGACAACAUUCUUCAUCUUGCAUGUCGGGGAGGAAAUAAGCCGUUAGUAGAAUAUAUACUGCCAAAGACUGACAUAAACAUAAGAGGAAAUAUUGGACGGACACCACUAAUGAAUGCAGCUUGGAUUGGAAAUAAAGCUGUGUUUGACUUACUUGUGUCAAAGGGAGCUGACAUCACACAGACUGAUGACGACAAUGACAACAUUCUUCAUCUUGCAUGUCGGGGAGGAAAUAAGUCAUUAGUAGAAUACCUGCUGCCAAAGACCGACAUAAACAUAAGAGGAAAUAUUGGACGGACACCACUAAUGAAUGCAGCUUGGAGAGGAAAGAAAGAUGUGUUUGACUUCCUUGUGUCAAAGGGAGCUGACAUCACACUGACUGAUGAUGACAAUGACAACAUUCUUCAUCUUGCAUGUCGGGGAGGAAAUAAGCCGUUAGUAGAAUAUAUACUGCCAAAGACUGACAUAAACAUAAGAGGAAAUAUUGGACGGACACCACUAAUGAAUGCAGCUUGGAUUGGAAAUAAAGCUGUGUUUGACUUACUUGUGUCAAAGCGAGCUGACAUCACACAGACUGAUGACGACAAUGACAACAUUCUUCAUCUUGCAUGUCGGGGAGGAAAUAAGUCAUUAGUAGAAUAUCUGCUGCCAAAGACCGACAUAAACAUAAGAGGAAAUAUUGGACGGACACCACUAAUGAAUGCAGCUUGGAGAGGAAAGAAAGAUGUGUUUGACUUCCUUGUGUCAAAGGGAGCUGACAUCACACUGACUGAUGAUGACAAUGACAACAUUCUUCAUCUUGCAUGUCGGGGAGGAAAUAAGCCGUUAGUAGAAUAUAUACUGCCAAAGACUGACAUAAACAUAAGAGGAAAUAUUGGACGGACACCACUAAUGAAUGCAGCCUGGAGAGGAAAGAGAGAAGUGUUUGACUUCCUUAUGUCAAAGGGAGCUGACAUCACACUGAUUGAUGACGACAAAGACGACAUUCUUCAUCUGACCUGCGAAGGUGGAAAUAAGGCCUUAGUACAAGAUCUUCUGCCAAAGAUGGACAUCAACUGUCACGGGAAGAGAGGGUGGACAUCAGUAAUGAAAGGAGCUUACAGUGGGAAAAAGGAUACAUUUGAACUACUUCUCUCCAAGGGAGCUAACCCAUCACUCACUGGUGAUGACAAUGAUACUUUACUCCAUGCAGCCAGUGAAGGUGGAAACAUUGACAUUGUUAGACAUGUUAUCGGCGACUUUGACAUCAACACACGAGGUUGGAAUGGUCACACGCCACUGAUGCUAGCUGUGUGUGGAGGUCACAAAGAUGUAGUUGACUUCCUAGUUGAUUAUGGUGCUGACGUCCACAUGGUGGACAAUGAUGGAGAUAGUCUCCUCCAUUUGGCUUGUGAGAAAGGAAACUUGAAGAUGGUGAAGCAUGUUGUGUCAUAUUCUAAUAUUAACCUGAUAGAUAACUUUGGUUGGACACCGUUGACAAUGGCAGCUGUGGGGGGAAAAUUUGCUGUUUUUAAAUAUCUUAAAGGCCUAGGAGCAGAUGUGACACUGGCAGACAGGGCAGGAGAUGAUGUGUAUACUCUGGCCCUCAAGGGAGGAUGCAGGGGAAUCAUCAAGGAGUUAGGACGAGAGGAACAUUCAGGGAAAAGCAUCACACCAUGAAAUAAACUGAUGAAGUCACUUGUGGAAUCUAGAAUGGUCCACCUGAAGAAAUAUUCACAACAAAGUCCUGACCUUGUUCAGACAGACCAAUUUGGAGAUAGCUUACUACAUCUGGCCUGUCGAGGAGCGAAGAGUCAGUGUGUGGAGUAUCUGCUCCCAUCCUAUGACAUCAAUGUCCGAGGUCGGUAUGACUGGACACCCGUGAUGAUGGAGGCUGUGUGAGGAUGUCUUCCAGCUACUGGUCUCUCACAAGGCAGAUCUCUCUCUGCUCUCAAACACAAAAGAAGGUAUCACCACCCUGGCUCGUCGGGGCAACAACGACGACAUUGUCCAGUACUUAU